CUCGAUAUGAUAAUAACCCAUGCGUCUCUAGCAUUAGAAUGUAAAAUGUCAGAGUUGGAUAAAAUCGUUACAUUGUAUGUACUACAAUGCAAUUGAUAGGAAUUGUAUUGUUAAUUCUGACGAUAACAAUCAAAUGACUUGUGUUGAAUAUGUUGUCGAAAUUACAUCAGUCAAUCAAAAACAAUUUUUGGACGAAAUAUGCCCAAUGAGAACUUUAGCUUCUUGAUCAUUGACCCGGUUGAUCGUAGAAGUCCGCUUCAGUAUCAUUAUAAUCAAAUGUGAUCGAAGGCGGCGGAUGUUGAUUAGUUAUUAGAUUGUCGAAUCGAGUUAAACAUCAAAAUGGAAGCUGAUGGCACUAUUUGGUUUAUUGGAGAGAUUAAUGAGUUUUUUACAGUCGAAGUGCCUACAUUUGGUGAUAUUCUUCGAUGUGUAUUUUAUCAUCGUAAUGUUUACUCGACGAACAAAAACAAAAGUUGCACCGAUGUCGGUAAAAAGCUCGUAAAUCAUUGGGACCAGUUUGAUAAAGAACACGUUGCGGAGAGAGAUGUGGUUCAAAGAAUUAAAAAUCUCCUAGAUUUGUACGACUCAGUGAGGAAAGGAAAACACCGAAGGACGUCGAAUCAACUAAAUUAUGAGGAUCAGUUUUCAAAAAUCAUCAAUCGAGCGUUCGACAUCGCACCGAAGAUAAAUUAUCAUCACCGGAAUAAGCAUCAGGAUUUCACUCAAAUGCAAAGUGUAGACCCUACAUUCAUUGCAUCAAACGACAGUUAUGAUCAUCAGAAUAAGCAUCACCAAUUGGUUCCAAUCGAUCGUCAAAUCGAUUUUAAUCACAUCAAAACGGCUGAAAUCGGCGACUCAAUUGGCAUUGAAUUGGACGUAAUUGAUUCAGACGAAAUGGAAGAUGAUCGCGAUACAGAUUUUGAGGAAAGUUUAUCUCCGUACUACAAAUCACAGUUUUCUAUCAACAUGCUGGAAGAGCAAAGCGACGAUGACAUUGUCUACAAAAUCAUAAAUUCACCGGAUGUAUCAUCUGCCCUCGAUCGAACCAACACUUCCAGUGGCAGUUUCGCAAUCAUCUUAGCAGCAAUUGCUAGAGUUUUGGAAGUUGAUUUAACUGAAUGUGUAUUUUCUUUAUCAACCCUCCUACGAAGACGUGAAGCUCACCGAGAGGCAAUAACAACCGUUGUGAAAAAUGAAUUUCUCGCUUCUUUAAAGUCGGGCUUGGUAGUACAUUUCGAUGGUAAACGGUUGAGAGAUUCGACGAAUGACGACAAAGAAGAACGUAAUGGUAAAGUCGACCGAAUAGCAGUUGUAGUAACUGGGUUGAAUAUACAAAAAAUACUUUCAAUAGCGAAAUCAGACGAUGGAACAGGAUUAAUGUUGGCGGAAAUUGUUUAUGAACAGUUAGAAGCCUGGUCGAUUCUUGAUUAUGUAGUUGCUAUGUGCUCGGAUACAACAAGCGCCAACACAGGUUGCUACAAUGGAGCUUGUGUUCUGUUUCAAAAAAAACUGGAACGAAAUGUGAUCUACUUAGCGUGUCGACAUCAUGUUCUCGAAAUUAAAAUCGGUGCAGUUUUUGUUAUGCUUUUCGGGGAAACCACUGGUCCGCUUACUCCCAUGUUUGAAAACUUUAGGCGGGACUGGUCACAGAUCGACAAGACAUUGUUUAAGCCUCUUGACAUAAAAUUAUUCAGAAAGAAAUAUCUGAAAGAAUUGCGAAUCGACGUGAUAAGCUACAUUGAAACCGUGCUAGCGACAAAAGACAAGACAUUUAUUCCCCGAGGCGACUAUCUGGAAAUGAUGCAGCUAUGUUUACUGGUUUUAGGAAAACCUCUUCCUGGAUAUACAUUCAAGUUACCACAUAACUGUAACAACGCCAGAUGGAUGGGUAAAAUUAUUUACAGUUUAAAAAUUUUCCUCUUUCGCGACCAAGUCAACUUAGCUAAAUCCGAACUGGCUAAUCUGGAAGAAUUUUGCACAUUUUCUUGUCUGAUUUAUACGAAGCAUUGGAUUCAGUGUUGUGUACCAAGCAACGCACCGGCGAACGACUUACACUUGUUAAAAUCAUUGAAUCAGUACAAGCAGGUUAAUGCUAAAAUAGCGAACUGCGCUAUCGACAAAUUGCAGGAUCACCUGUGGUAUUUAGGGUCUGAGUUGGUGGUGCUAUCUUUGUUCUCCGAUAAAGUUGAAGACACAGUUAAAACGCGAAUGUUUGAAAAUAUGAUUCGCUUAGAUGACAAACGAUGGACAAAUCGGGACUACCGACUUACAUUUGACAAGAAAAUUUUAAAGAAAGAUCUCUCAGACUUGGUCGGCCCGUCGUCUAUGACAGUUUUAAAAAGCCUCAAAAUUAACGUUGAUUUUAUGUUCCAAAAUGAGGUGAAGAAAUGGAAGGAACUGGCUGAAUACCGAAAAGCAAAGGAAAUUGUUGACUCAUUUAAAGUCGUAAAUGACACAGCCGAACGCGCUCUGAAAAUUAUGACGGACUUCAACGAAUCGCUGACAUUCAAAGAGGAAAACAAGCAGAACUCUAUUCAGGUGGUCGAAGACAAUCGUAAACGUAUUCCGAACUUGAAGAAAACAGUUCUGUCUGGUUAUACCCAGAGACAUAUGAUCGAUGACGCGUGAUAUAAUAGCAUGAUCUAAGAAUUUAUCAUUUCUCCAACAAUUUCACUUCAUUCGAUCCAUAUUCCAACAAUUUUCGUCCUUUAAACUAAUGCUCGGAUCGGGUAAGGUUCAGGUCACAUAAAAUUAACUCAAUUUUGUAGCAUAUAGCUCACGCAUAGAUCCCAAGGUAGCAUGAUUUGUGGCGGAAGGCGAAGGAUGUGGCUUUACGGUACACAUGCUGGUAUUACAGUAGGGAACUUAUUCGUUGACAAGUCUUUAAACAGAGCAAAUUCGGGUUGAAACCUGAAUCUGAUUCGGGUCCAAACCCGAAGUUGAUUUGCUUAAAGAAUUAUCAUCGAAUGCGUUCCCUACUGUAGUAACCAGUAUCUACAACGUAAAGCCACAUCUUUCAGCUACAAAUCAUGCUACGUUGGGAUCUAUGCGUGAGCUAUCGGCUACAGAAUUUAGUUAAUUUUAUCAGACCUGAACUCAACCCGAUCCGAGUAUUACUUUCAACUAAAUUUUCAAGUUUCAAUUAAUUUAGUGAAUAAUGUUUGCCUUGAAUUGUAAUUAAUUUUUUAUUUUCGUAAAUGUAAUGAUGGCUUCGGUUUGUAAAAAAAAUGAAUUCUUUUUCUUAAUAAAAAAAAAAUGUUCGAAAGCACGAUCCUUAAUAUUUUAUUUCUUUGUCGCUGCAGCACUGUACCGGCUCGAAAGGAAUGACGGCUUAGAUUUCUCUAAUUGUCAA